GCAGAGUGACUCUUACUCCAGCCCUGUACACUGAGCUAUCUCACUGUACACACAGAGAGGAGAGAAGUGGACAUCUAUAACCUGGUCUGUCCCCCCAGAGCUCACCUGAACACAGAGGUAUACACUAUAGUGUGACUCUUACUUAGACAUCACCACGACUACCACUCACGAAAGGAGAGAGGGACAGGUAAACAGACGGCUGGAGGAAAAAAGGGACCGAAUCGAUGAGAGAUAUGGGUGGGAAGGAGAAGAAGACUGUAGGCAUUACCAAUGUGCCAAAAUACCAGGGGUCAGACAAGAAGCCUUCCCCAUGCUGUGAAGGCCGUAGCAGUGAGUCAGCCCCAGGAAGCAGAAAGCAGAAUGGCAAAGUCCACCAGACCCGCUUGCCGUUCUUCAGACACCUGGAGAAGGUGGAGACCAUGAGGAGCUUCUGGGAGCUCAAACACGUGGAGCAGGAGGGAGAACGACAACAGGGUAGCCCCUGCCCUCAGCUAUUGCCCCUCAUCCUCAAGCAAGUGGAGAAGAAAGGAGACCAUCAACAGCUGAAGGACAAUGGGAUGAGGGAUGGAAAGGACAAGGUCAAACUCAGCCUGAAAGGCCUGAAAGCCCAGAAGAAGAAGAAGCCUCCACAUGCAUCGGACUCUGUAGAGACCCUUCUUCUAGACCAGGUGGAGAAGCUCAACAGGCAGAAUGCUGAACUUUCCCAUGGUAACGGGGUGGUUCUGGACAUGCUCCGCGCCCCUGUCGUCCAACCAGAGGACCUGGAGGAUCUAGAGGGGGAGGAGGAGGAGAAGAGGGAGGAAGAGGAGGGGGAUAUAUUUGGUGAAUCUGAGGAAGAGGAGGCUAGGGAGGAACAAGUUGGAGAGGAAGAGGUGGAAAAGAGAAGGGAAGGAGGGGAAGAAGAGUCAUCAUUGUCACCAGAACCUCUAGAAAGCUCUGAAGAGUUAGGUGAAGUGGCCGCCAGCAGUAACAACUGUGUCACAGAGGAGGACCUACUGAAAGAUGACCUGAAAAAGAGCAGAGUGGAGGAGAGGAAAGAGGAGGAUGAAGAGGGAGGAGUACCUGAGGGGGUAGAGCAUCAGGCUGCCCAAUCAAAGGCAGAGAAGAUGAAGGAGGAAGAAGAGGUGGAUGAUGGACAGCCAGAAGAGUACAUCAUUGACUUUACCCCUCCGCCAGCAGCCCCCUUUGACCACCGCAUUGUGACUCCAAAACCUCACCAGAUUGCUACCUUCUACGCCAUUAACAGAGACGAGGUCCUAGGAGGGGGACGUUUUGGACAAGUCCACAAAUGUGUGGAGAACUCUUCUGGACUGACUCUGGCUGCCAAGAUGAUCAAGGCCAGGAGCCAGAAAGAAAAGGAUGUGGUGAAGAAUGAGAUCCAGGUGAUGAACCAGCUGAACCACGCUAACCUUAUUCAGCUGUAUGCCGCCUACGAAUCACGCCACAACAUCAUCCUCGUCAUGGAAUAUGUGGAUGGCGGGGAGCUGUUCGACCGGAUCAUAGAUGAGAACUACAAUCUGACAGAGCUGGACACAGUGCUGUUUAUCAGACAAAUCUGUGAGGGACUACAGUACAUGCACAGGAUGUACAUCCUGCAUCUAGACCUCAAGCCCGAGAAUAUUCUGUGUGUGAGCAGAGCCACAAACAAGAUCAAAAUUAUUGACUUCGGGCUCGCCAGGAGGUAUAAGCCCAGGGAAAAGCUGAGGGUGAACUUCGGAACGCCUGAGUUCCUGGCUCCGGAAGUCAUCAACUAUGAGUUUGUCUCAUUCCCUACGGACAUGUGGAGUCUGGGGGUCAUCACUUACAUGCUGCUGACAGGUCUGUCUCCGUUCCUGGGGGACGAUGACAAUGAGACUCUGAACAACAUCCUGGCCUGUCAGUGGAACUUUGAGGGGGAGGCGUUUACAGACAUCUCUGAGGAGGCCAAGGACUUCAUCACACGCCUGCUGGUCAAGAGCAAGAGUUGGAGGAUGAGUGCCUCACAGUCACUAAAACAUUCCUGGCUGUCGGAUCACAAUCUUCACUAUCGCCUGCAUCAGAAGUCUCCCAUCCAAAACGAGAGUCCCCUCCAAAAUGACUCCCAAGACCCUGUGGGCACCUUAUGAUGACACGGGUCGGUGCCUUUUGAUGACACUGAGGCCAGGGCUCAACACUGGACCAACACUACCGUACCUCUAUAGCUACUGUAUUACUGCUUUCUACUCUGCCUCGCAUCUGUUAGCUUAGCUCUGCAGCUUGUGCAACUGAUUUAAAAACGUACCGUAAACUCACUCCACAGCUAGCUUGAAAUGUCGCUGAUAGAGCUAUCGAGUUAGAUAGCUCAAACGGUGUGUACGUUGUCAAGGAAAGCGGUCACUAUAAAAUGCACUUUAAUGUAUCACUAUCAAAUGCAAACAGAACCACUUUUUUGAACGAUCAUAUUUAUUACACUUUCAGCUUACUAUAGAUUUCAAAUAACUCAACACAGGCCUAGUUUACCAAGUCUUAUCAUACCAUUGCAUUGUAUUUGUUUGUUGGGUUUUGAUUUCAAAUAAAGCUUUGGGUGCAAUUUAUUUUCCUGGUAUUGUAAAAGUUUAGUUUCUAUAGAGUUAGGAAUUCAAUUUUACACACCUUUCUCCUUGGUUUGCCCCAUCAAACUUUUAAUAGAUCACAUUCAUUAAAAGAAAUCAAUCAUUAUCAAUCCAGGUCAACAUAAACUUGUCGAUAUUAGACAUAAUUCCUCACUAUUAACCCCUGCUGCUCUGCCCGUUGCUACUGACUUUCAUUUCUCCUGGAGCCACUGCUGUGAAUAUACUGUAAAACUGCCUCUUCUGUGCCUGCAUGCUGUUGGCUUGACCUCAACCUUUGACCUUUCUUUGCUUUCGGCCUUUGGAUGAACCCUCUCACCUUCCAUGAAGGCAUAUUACUGAUCAACAAAACACUACCUAUAUGAUUUCAUAAUUCAUGAUUAUCGCUGAAGUUAGUAGCCUAAGUGCCAGUCUGUUUGUGUUGUCAUGACAACUCCUUGUCACUCCUUGUCAUGACAGAUAUUUGCACUACCCUUCCGACUAGGCACACAAUGAAAUGAUGUUGACCCAAUGUGGAAUAGACGUUGAAUUUAUGUCUGUGCCCAGUGGGUUGUGAUUGGAGGGUAGCUGUGAGGGUUAUUGAAUUAGGGUCAAAUCCAGAAGAUUUGAUCCUGAUAUCUGAUUGCUGGGAGGCCAGAAUGUUUGGCUUGACAAUGAGCAAUGGAGUUCGCAUGAGCUACAACAGAUCUGAGACCAGUCUAUGGAGUUACAGUGGGGCAAAAAAGUAUUUAGUCAGCCACCAAUUGUGCAAGU